GUGCAGGUCUCGUGCUGCCGGUGUGAUGUCACAGAUAGAGAUGUUACGGCUGCUCAUAACUCAGCGGCUCACUGAGGCUGCGGAGGAGAUCUACGGAGUGUUCGGGAGGAUCAUAGCCGAGUAUGAGGAGCAGAUCUCCCGCUACAAGAUAGAGAUCCAGCGGCAGCGACACCUGCAGGAGCUCCGGGAGAAGCCCUCAGUGUGUGUGCUGGCUCGGCAGCAGGACUGGAGCUGUGAGUCAACUCCUCCACACAUCAAAGAGGAAGAGGAGGAGUUGUGGUCGACCCUGCAGCAGGAGGAGCAGGAGCAGCAGGAGGAGGAGCUGGAUGAGGAGGAGCAGCAGCAGGAGGAGCAGCAGCAGGAGGAGCAGCAGCAGGAGCAGCAGGUAGAGGAGCUGGAUGAGGAGGAGCAGCAGGAGCAGCAGCAGGAGGAGCAGCAGCAGGAGGAGCUGGAUCCUCAGCUUGGCACGUCGGUCCAGGACUCUCCGGAGGCUGCAGGUAACGGACUGCUGGCCUGCGUGGAGCCGGCGGAGGUGGUGGACUCGUAUAUAUGCACCGUCUGCGGCCGGGCGUUCGCUCAGCGAGCACACUGGUCCAAACACGUUCAGGUCCACCAAAAGCUCGGCUCCAAAACAGACAAGUCGUACACGUGUGAGAUCUGCGGGAAGAGACUGACGCGCUUCGACGGAUAUCAGAAACACCUGCGGAUCCACACGGGAGAGAAACCGUACAGCUGUGAAGAAUGCGGACGCAGAUUCAGCGACAACUCCAACUACAAACGACACAUCAGGACCCACGCAGGGUCCAAGACCCAGCUCAGCUGAGCC